AUUGUCGCAUUUAAUUAACUCCAAGCAAGAAUUGUUCCCGCCAUAUUCCCUCUAAAAUUGGGGAUAAAUCGUUCCCACUUCCGAUGACAAAUUAGGGUUUUAUACUCUUUACCAUUACCAAUCGCAUUGUUCUUCGAGCAAGAAGAUCAAUGGGGAUUCAGGGGCUUUUACCUCUAUUGAAAUCGAUCAUGGUUCCGAUUCAUAUAAAGGAUCUGGAGGGCUGUUCGGUUGCCGUUGACACCUACUCUUGGCUUCACAAAGGAGCCCUUUCUUGCAGUAAAGAAUUAUGCAAAUCGGAACCCACUUCAAAGCAUGUCAAUUAUUGUAUGCAUCGAGUGAAUUUGUUGCGGCAUUAUGGUGUUAAACCUAUUUUAGUAUUUGAUGGAGGUCAUUUACCAAUGAAGAAUGAUCAAGAGAUUAAACGUGCAAGGUCAAGGAAGGAAAAUCUUGCACGUGCAAUUGAACACGAGUCGUGUGGAAAUGCAUCAGCAGCUUAUGAAUGCUAUCAAAAAGCUGUGGAUAUAUCACCUGAAAUCGCAUACGAACUAAUUCAGGUGUUGAAAACAGAAAAUAUAUCAUACGUUGUCGCUCCUUACGAGGCUGAUGCCCAAAUGACAUUUUUGGCCAUUAGCAAGCAUGUCGAUGCUGUCAUUACUGAAGACUCAGAUUUAAUACCAUUUGGUUGCCCAAGAAUCAUCUACAAAAUGGACAAAUACGGGCAAGGUGUCGAGUUUCGGUACUCAAAACUACAAAACAACAAAGAACUUAAUUUCACUGGUUUUACGAAGCAAAUGAUUCUCGAAAUGUGCAUUUUUAGUGGCUGUGACUAUUUGCAGUCUUUGCCAGGAAUGGGCUUGAAAAAAGCCCAUGCAUUGAUAAAGAAACUCAAAAGCUAUGAUAAGGUGAUUAAGCACUUGAAGUUUAGUGGCAUUAUAGUUCCACCUUCUUAUGAAGAAUCUUUUCGGAAAGCAAUAAUGACUUUCCAACAUCAACGAGUUUACGAUCCAGUCUUGGAAGAAAUUGUAUUUUUGUCAAAUUUUUCCGACAAUAUCGAUGAAGAUCUGGACUUUUUAGGGCCAUCGAUAUCACAAAAUCUUGCCAAAGGCAUAGCAAGUGGAGACAUCAAUCCUCUUACCAAGCUGCCAAUUCAGGGAGAUUGUGUUAAAGAAGGACCCGUGCUUGAUGGAACAUACAAUCUUAAAAGCUUCAAACCCGAGGGCUCAAACAAAAAGUUGGACUUGCCUGCACAGAAAAAUCUUUUGACCAACUACUUCUGUUUUGCAUCUCUUGAAGCAAAGAGGAAGUUCAAGGCCCCUCGAGUUUCACCAAAACACACAAGUCCGACAAGUGAAAUUCUUCAAUUUGACUCAAGUGAAGAAAUUGUGGAUACCGUUGUCCCAAGAAAGACCGCAAAGCUAAUGGAAUCAGUUUCUUACGACGACAUGAGAGGGGUACAACACUCAACGCAUACCAUACACCCUUGUAUUGCAUCACAAAAGGAGUUGGAACCUAAUUCUUUCUUGGGUGAAAGUGAGGGCAAAACAAGAGUGCAAAAGAAACCUGUGGUGGUGAGAAGUCGUUAUUUUCAGUACAAAAGUUCAGAAGAAAUUAAUGAAGUCAACGUCGCAAGCAAGAAUACAACUUCUAGUUGCGAUCCCGUGUCUGUUUCGGGUUCCGUUGAGGUCAAAGCUAGAGUAGAGAACACGAAACCAAAUAAAAGUCGUUAUUUUACGCACAAAAAUCAAGAAAACACAAAUGAAAGUCGUUUAGAGACGAACAUUAACGAAGGAUUAACCAUGAAAAGGAAGUUUUCCAUUGUUGAUGACAGUGUUCAAAAUGACGAUCUGAGCCAAAAAUACACGCGGGCAGAUCAGUCUCAUGCUAAUCAAGGUGUAUGCAAUUAUGAUCCAAUGCAAGCAACAAGAGAUGAAGAAGAAGAGAAAUUUGGAUGUAAUAUUUCCCAUUUGGGAAAAUAUUCCGAAAUAGCAGAGAAAUCAAUGGAGAAAUUCAUGUCUGUUAUAUCAUCUUUCAAAUGCACUUCAACUGGUUCUCGUGCAAGCGGGCUACGGGCCCCCCUUAAAGACGUACGAAAUACAUUUACGAAAAGAUCGUCUCCCAUUGAUGACAUAAGUAAAUUUGCUUAUACCCCGGCCAAACCAUUACCAUCGCGAAGACCUUAAAUCAUCUGUACUCGAAACAUGUGUUGUCGAAUUAUUUGCAGGCAAACCUGAGCAAUUUUUUUAACGCUUUGCCAUUGAAUGUAAAGCUAUAAAGUUAACUUGUCUAGUUGUUUUUGUAUGAGUUACUUUUCAUCGAAUUAUUUAGGCCUGCUCGUUAUCAAUGGAAUCAUGGGUACUUCUACAA